AUGGUUUCGCGGCAACCUGACUCUGUGCCAGACUUCCUGGUAGUUGUGGCAAAGCACCUAAGCGAUGCUUCGUUUACAAAAGUGCGCACUCAGUGGGAGUACUUCAUGGUAUUUCUGGCGGAAGCUACGUGCAAGAAAGAGAAUGUGGAAGUGGGAGAGUGGGCGUUGUCUACACAAGGUACAUGCCUAUUCUACCGAAGUAACCACCUUCCGUGUCAACACUUGAUGUACAUUGGUGACCGCGUUCACCGGUUCAAGUGUCUCUCGGCAUUUACGGUUGCUCCACGCUGGGAUAUGCUGGAAAUGGCGGCAAUGGAAAAGGCGUUUCAAGCUGGUAUCGAUUCACUCCGGGUUGUCCAAACUUCGAUGAAAGUAGCCAGCGAUGCAUUCGAUGCGGUCCAACCGGAGGGGCCUGCUUCAACAUUAUCAGCAACACGACCGAGAUGUGCAACACACGAAGCAACACGCGAAGCAACACAGUUGAAAGGAGAGCUAGGAGAUGCCAAAACGACACGACCGCGCGUAAAACCGAAACACCGAGUCAUCUACGUGAAGUUGCGUCGCCGCGAGCGAGCAAAUGUUGUUGUUAUGUCGGCCGAGGAGAAGUACUGCUAUGCAAAAGCAGUAUUCGAGCCCGUGAUGGAGCGUCUAUCAGGUCUGUCGAGUCCUGCUUUCUGCACAGCAUUGCAGGCCUGGAAGGAACUGGUUCAACGUGGUCUACGUGAAGGUGUUGGAGGUGGAUCCGUAUCAGAUACAACGACUUCGCCAGACAAGGACGACGAAACAGACAAGUCCAAUGUAUCUGAUGCCGCAUCGGGCAUUGAGCCCAUGGAACUUAUCGAUACGAUUGAUUUUAUGCGGCAGAUGGAACCACUAAAUGCUACCCAGACAGGUGAAGGCGUCAUACACAAAUUUGCGAUGACAAAAGAACCAACACCGAGUGCAACACAAACAUUGAAUGUGUGUACUUCACAUGUUGGUUGUCGUGGAAAUGUGGUGAAGCGCCAGUUGGCUUUCACGAAUAAGAAAACUGAUUGA